ACGUACAACCUGUCUUUCCUGAGUCCCUACUACAAGCACGAGGAUGGGGAGGACAACCCCUUCAUCUGCUCCUCGCCCCGGGACAACGGGAUGCUGCACUGCCGGAGCGUGCCCCCCUUCAAGGAGGGCAGGACCGAGUGCCAGCUGGGCGUCGCCUCUGCCAACCACACAGACGAGGGCUGCGUCAACUGGAACCAGUAUUACAGGCUGUGCCGACCGGGGGAGCUCAACCCGCACAAGGGAGCCAUCAACUUCGACAACAUCGGCUACGCUUGGAUCGCCAUCUUUCAGGUGAUAACCUUGGAAGGAUGGGUGGAUAUCAUGUAUUACGUCAUGGAUGCCCACUCUUUUUACAAUUUUAUAUACUUCAUGUUACUCAUCAUCGUGGGUUCCUUCUUCAUGAUCAACCUGUGCCUGGUGGUCAUCGCCACCCAGUUUUCGGAGACCAAGCAGCGGGAAAACCAGCUAAUGCGGGAGCAGCGUGCUCGCUUCCUGUCCAACGACAGUACUCUGGCCAGCUACUCAGAGCCGGGCAGCUGCUACGAGGAGCUGCUCAAGUACCUGGGCCACCUGUACCGCAAGGUGAAGCGCCGGGCGCUGCGCGUCUACGGCAACUGGCAGAGCAAGCGACGCAAGAAGGUGAACCCCAACGCCAGCAGGGGUGGGACCGGCGGCGGCCGGAGGCGGGCCCGGGCUGCUAGCGGUGACCGCCGGUGGACACGCGCCAACCACCAGCGCCAUUACCACUUCAGUAAUGGCAGCCCCACCCACUCCCAGGGGACCUAUGAGACUUCAGAGAGGCGGGGCUUCUCACAAGCCAGCCCCCGGCCGUGGAGGCCCGGCCCAGGACACACCUCCUACAUUAACGGCGGCAUCAAUUACCCCACCGUCAUGUCCUCAGCCCUCUCCGGCUACAUCAGUGCCACCCCCAGACGAAAGGGCAAGAAUCCGGCGACUCCUGCUUUAAACUAUAGCCUCCCUGACCCCUGUGAUAGGCUGCACCCAUUUGCUGGCCUGCAUCGAGGGGCUGUCUGCCUCAGCCUGCAGCUCCCCGCAGGGGGGACGGUCCCGACCCGGCCUCGCCUUGAGGCCCCUGGCUGCCCGUACUGUGCUGGGACCCUGGAUACGGUCUGUGACUCGGACAGCAAUGGCUCCGAGAUGGAGGGGGUAGCCCUGGAGUUCCCCCGUGAGGUGAGACGUGGCAGAGGCAGUUGGGGUGGCCGGAGCUGGCCACGCAAAAAGCAACAUUCAGUGCCACGACUGUGGGAGAAAUUCCAGAUGAAGCUGAAGAGGGUCGCGGAGAGCAAGUACUUCAACCGUGGCAUCAUGAUCGCCAUCCUAGUCAACACUUUGAGCAUGGGCAUCGAGUACCACCAACAGCCAGACGAGCUGACGGACAUCCUGGAGAUCAGCAACAUCGUCUUCACCAGCAUGUUUGCGCUGGAGAUGCUGCUCAAACUCCUGGCCUUCAGUCUCCUGGGCUACAUCAGGAACCCGUACAACAUCUUUGACGGGAUCAUCGUCAUCAUUAGCGUGUGGGAGAUCGUGGGCCAGGCGGACGGCGGCCUGUCGGUGCUGCGGACAUUCCGGCUCCUUCGGGUCCUCAAGCUGGUGCGCUUCCUGCCAGCGCUGCGCCGUCAGCUGGUGGUGCUGAUGAAGACCAUGGACAACGUGGCCACCUUCUGCAUGCUCCUCAUGCUCUUCAUCUUCAUCUUCAGUAUUCUAGGAAUGCAUCUGUUCGGCUGCAAGUUCAGCCAGAGGACAGAAAACGGAGACACCAUCCCAGACAGGAAGAACUUUGACUCCUUGCUGUGGGCGAUUGUCACCGUCUUUCAGAUCCUGACCCAGGAGGACUGGAAUGUGGUGCUCUACAACGGCAUGGCCUCCACCUCCCCCUGGGCCGCCCUCUACUUCGUGGCCCUCAUGACCUUCGGGAACUACGUGCUCUUCAACCUGCUGGUGGCCAUCCUGGUGGAGGGCUUCCAGGCGGAGGGGGACGCCAACAGAUCGGACGCCGGUGAGGAGAAGUCAUCAGUGACGUGUCCCGAGGAUGAGAAGCAGCCGGAGUGCCAGGCCGCAGAGAUGAAGACGUACUCUCUCGUGGUGGGAAACGGGCACCUGGAGGGCGGCGCCGGCAGCCUGCCCGCCCCGGCCAUCAUGCACACGGCGGCCACGCCCCGGAGCUCGCUGGGCGCCGACCUGAUGCAUGCCGCCUGUGAGUCACGCAGGGGCAGCGGCGCCUUCGUGGAGCCCGGCAGCUGUGACCAGAGGUCCCCGUCCAGUCGACAGGGCUCCCCUUGCACCCCCUGGGGGUCAGGCAGUGCCUGGGGCAGCCGGCGCUCCAGCUGGAACAGUCUUAGCCGCGCGCCCAGCCUGAAGCGGCGGGACCCGUCGGGAGAGCGGGAGUCGCUGCUGUCGGGCGUGGGCCGCAGGGGCGUCGACGAGUCGGACGAGGAUGGCGAGCCGGGCGCGGGAAGGGGGGCCGCAGGCGGGGGGCCGCUUCUCCACCCCCACCCCGAAACCCUGGACCUCCCUGAGCUGCUCCAUGGACCCGCGGGCCGCUCGUCUGUCGAGAUGCUUGACCGCAAUGGCAGGACCCUCCAUCCCCCCCAUGCGGGGUUAUUAAGACCCCCCAAGGAAAACCCCGACAGCGAGGAGGACAUGGACGACACCUGUGGGAUCCGGCUGAGGAAGACUUGGGAGAGGUACAGGCCCUGGUGGUGUGUCGAUCACAUGGAUUGGUCCCUAUACAUCUUCUCCCCGCAGAACAGGUUCCGAGGGGCCUGCCAGCGGCUAAUCUCGCACAGGAUGUUCGACCAUGUGGUGCUGGUCUUCAUCUUCCUCAACUGCAUCACCAUUGCCUUGGAAAGGCCCGACAUCCUCCCUCGCGGCAGGGAGCGCCUGUUCCUCACUAUCUCCAAUUACGUUUUCACUGUGAUCUUUGUUGCUGAGAUGACUGUAAAGGUGGUGGCGCUGGGCCUCUGCGUGGGGUGUGGAAGCUACCUGCGAAGCAGCUGGAAUGUGUUGGACGGCGGUCUGGUGAUGGUCUCGUUGGUGGACCUCCUGGCGUCGCUGGCUUCCGCCAGCGGAAACCGGAUCCUGGGCAUCCUGAGAGUUCUGCGCUUGCUGAGGACGCUGCGGCCGUUGAGGGUGAUCAGCCGGGCACCAGGCCUGAAGCUGGUGGUGGAGACCCUGAUCACCUCACUGCGGCCCAUCGGGAACAUCGUGCUGAUAUGCUGCGCCUUCUUCAUCGUGUUCGGCAUCCUGGGAGUUCAGCUUUUUAAGGGGAAGUUUUACCACUGCGAAGGAUCUGACAUGAAAAACAUCACCAACAAAUCGGACUGCCUCAGUGCCAACUAUCGCUGGAUACGGAGGAAGUACAACUUCGACAACCUGGGCCAGGCUCUGAUGACCCUGUUCGUCCUGGCUUCCAAGGAUGGCUGGGUGAACAUCAUGUAUGAUGGUCUGGAUGCCGUGGCCGUGGACCAGCAGCCGGUGAGGAACCACAACCCCUGGAUGCUGCUGUUCUUCAUCUCCUUCCUGCUCAUCGUCAGCUUCUUCGUGCUCAACAUGUUCGUGGGCGUGGUGGUGGAGAACUUCCACAAGUGUCGGCAGGACCAGGAGGAGGAGGAGACCCGACGGCGUGAGGAGAAGCGGCAGCGGCGCCUGGAGAGGAGGCGCAGGAGUAAGGAGAUAGGCGGGUCGGGCCGGCGGUCGGAAGCCCAACAGCGACCUUACUAUGCCGACUACUCACCGGCCCGGCUCUACAUCCACACACUGUGCACCAACCAUUACCUGGACAUCUUCAUCACCAUCAUCAUCGGCGUCAACGUGGUCACCAUGUCUCUGGAGCACUACAGGCAGCCGCAGUACCUUGAGGUGUCGCUGAAGUACUGCAACUACUUCUUCACCGUGAUCUUCAUCCUCGAGGCCCUGCUCAAGCUGAUCGCGUUCGGAUUCCGCCGGUUCUUCAAAGACAGGUGGAACCAGCUGGAUCUGGGAAUUGUCUUACUGUCCAUCAUGGGGAUCACGCUGGAGGAGAUUGAGAUCAACGCUUCCCUGCCCAUAAAUCCCACCAUCAUCCGCAUCAUGAGGGUCCUCAGGAUUGCUAGAGUGCUGAAGCUGCUGAAGAUGGCCACGGGGAUGAGGGCCUUGUUGGACACAGUGGUCCAGGCCUUACCACAGGUGGGGAAUUUGGGGCUGCUCUUCAUGUUGCUGUUCUUCAUCUAUGCGGCCCUAGGCGUGGAGCUCUUCGGGAAGCUGGAAUGUACAGAUGACAACCCCUGUGAAGGUCUGAGCAGGCACGCCACGUUCGAGAACUUUGGGAUGGCGUUCCUGACCCUGUUCAGGGUGUCCACCGGGGACAACUGGAACGGCAUUAUGAAGGACACGCUGCGGGAGUGCAGGACUGAGGAUAAGCACUGCCUGAGCUACCUGCCAAUCUUCUCGCCUCUCUACUUCGUCACCUUCGUGCUGAUCGCCCAGUUCGUGCUGGUCAACGUGGUGGUGGCCGUGCUCAUGAAGCACCUGGAGGAGAGCAACAAGGAAAUGAAUGAAGACGACGACAUGGACGCCGAGAUGGAAGCAGAGGAGGAGCGGCGAUUCAGUGCGGCCUCGGACAGCUUGGACCUGGGACCGGAGAACCGGCCCACCUACAUGACACCACGCUCUGGCUCACCAGAUCAGGAUGGAGGGUCUUUUCAGCCCAAGGAGGACUUGCUGUCUUUGCAGAAGAUGUCUGUCUCCAGGAUGCACUCGUUGCCUAAUGAUAGCUACAUGUUCCGGCCUGUGAGACCAGCCAGCGCCCCCUAUCCUUUGCCGGAGGAUGGUCCCAUUGGCAGAAGUCUUCAUUUAGGUUCCACAACUUCUGUUCAGUCCCAACCCUGUGGGGAGAGCUUCCUGCUGCAGGUGCCUGGAGCGUCUCCCCAGACACAGUGUGACGACGGGGGCCGGCCAAGGAUCCAGCCACCCCCGAUGAAAGCCUACUUGGGCAACGGCAAGUCGCGCCGCCAACAGGAGGACUUCAGGAAGAUGAUGAAAAAGGAUUCUUUGGAGGCCAGAAGCUUUGAUGGCCUGGAAAGGCAGUCUGGAGAUAGCUGGAAUAUACGAGCUCCAAUGCCAGACAGCUUGACUCUAUCACUGCCCUGGAUGGCGUCCUCUGGACCUGCCAGCCCACAGGGUUCCCCUCCACCAUCCUCACGACCUCACAAGGGCAGCAUGUACCCCCGCUGUCCAGUUCUAGGCCAAAACCGUGUUUCACGCCGAGCUGCCAUCCCCGACGGCCUGCUUCCCAGCUUGAAGGACCCAACUGAUGAGGAAGUCUGGCACAUCAACAGCUCAGCCCGGCGCCGGGGGGGAUGCAGCCAGCCGGCCGCCCGCAGCCACUCGCUCUCGCCGUGUGCCACGCCUGCUGCCCGGCUGCCGAAGAGAGGCAGCUCUACCCACCUGGCAGCUUGCCGGACCAAGGAGAAGGACCCAAAGAAGUUCUCUAGCGUGGAUGCCGCCGGCUUCUUGGCCAAGCCCUCUGGGGCCAACGAGGCUCGUCGUCACUCUAUCGAGAUUUGCCGCUUUGCCAAAAAUGGUGAUGCCGACGGCUCAGUCCUCGGGCUUCCAACCCACCACCCAUGGCAAGGCUCAUCCCGGGGAAGGUCCGUGCCAACCCGGAGCCAAACCGCCCCCAGGAAGAAGAAGAUGAGCCCACCUUGCAUCUCAGUGGAGCCGCCCCGGGAGGCGGAGCUUGCGACCGUCUCCCUCGUUCCCCCUCCAGAGACCAGCACGCUGCUGCGCAGGAGAACCCCCUCCUCCGAGCUGCCCCCGCAGCGUGGUGACCCCACACUGGACCUGCAGGAGACGCUGCAGCCUGCAGAGGUCGCCUCCCAAUCUGAGAGCCUCCGGCGCUGUCCUGGCAGCCGUGGGCACCUGUCUGUACUGCAGUUGCCGGACCUGAAUGCGCGGAACAGUGUGGCAGAUGUCUCUCGGGAUUCUGAGCCACUGGGCUCAUCGUCCUGCUCUGCCGGCCGGGAGGCUGGGGUCCAGGACGGUCCAAACGUUCGCUCUGACGAGGCCGGUGACCCUGCUUUGGCCAGCCCUGCCAGGAGUCCACUCCGGAAGAGGGGCCUCAUUGGAGUGGCGGGCACCAGGACUGAAGAUGUGGACGACGCUGUGGCAUAGCCGGAGCUUGUCAGAUACUGCAUCUCUGUGUGGAACAGAGGGAGCCCACCUGACCUGGGUUCCGGUACUUUCCAUUGGAUAUGCAAUUUAACUCUUUUCGCACUGGGAUCUUUACUUCCCAUGGCUCAAUCACAUUGAUUUGGGUUCCAAAAUAUGUACCGACUUGUUUUAUUUUAUAGAUUUAUUUAUUUACUGUCAUUUCCUUAAAGACACAGUACGUUAAGGUACAUAUUCAGAAAAAAAACUUGUACAUGUUCUGUACAUCUUGUGGUAUAACAGGAAAAUAUUGUACCAUUGAAGAAAAUAGCUGUGUUCAUAUGCACAUAUUUUUAUAGAGAUGAGUGCCGUUUUGCACAUACCAGUUUGAAUUUGAAGUGGGUUGGUGUUUUGUUGUCCUUUUGUGAAUGUACAGUUUUUUUUAAUUAUUAUUUCAGCAGUCGUUGGAUUGAUUCUUGCAUACAUAGAGCUGCUGAAAAUUUAAGUUUAUUUUUUUAUUCUGUGGAGAACACAGAUCUUUUGUAUUGAUGAAAUCCACUGAAAACCAAACUACUAAUUUUCUGUAACCCGAGUGCAAUAAGUGAUAUUCAGGGUUCAAUUUAUUACAAAGAGAUUGUGUGAAUAUAUGGAAUUCCCACCGGAAGUGCAGUGUGACCAGAACGAUGAACAACCAACCCUUUUUCAUUCAAAAGGAGACAAACUUUUAACUACACUUUUAUGAAUUUUUCUCCCCUUCUGAAAACUGUGCUAGUGACAUGAACUCACUGGGAAUUUACCACCAACCCGACUGUACAUGAAACACUUUGAAUAGCCAAUCAAAUAAUAAUUGUCACAAAGUGUGUUUUCCUGUAUUGUAUUUUAUGUUUGUAGUUGUUGGGAGUAGGGCUUAAGUUGUUACAGAAAAAGUCAAUUGGUCAUGAUGUUAUGAUGUGAUACAAGAAAUCUAAUUAGACGUCCCACUAAAACCAUUUGAAUUUUCCGCCUUGAAGUGGUGCCUUUAGAGUUGGGAAUUUCAGGUUUUGACAAGAGUUCAGAAGCUAAUUUUAAACAGGAUGUGAAGUUUCUCACUUAUCAAACGAUAUUUGAUUAUAUUGCACACAGAAGGAGAACUUUGUGGCUUUUUUUGUGGUACUCAACUGUAACAGUGAGACUACUUAGGGGAUUAGAACAAAUCUGAAGUUUGUAACAUAUUUAUCACAUGUACAAGUAUAAAGUUGCAUGAAUGAUUUUACAUGGCCGAAGACCCUUUUUGACUAAUUUCGGCCUUCAGACUAGUAUGUUAUUGUGGGUUCAGGGCUUUUUGUAUAAAAAUGCAAUGUUUAUAGCUCUCCCACACUUUAAUGAGUAGUUUAGGCUUUGAUAGGAAGAAAGGGGAAAAAUAAUUUUAAUAUGUACACAGUAGGAAACCUCUUCAGUAUUUAUAUGUUUUGAAAAUUACACAGGUGAUAUUUAAAUAUUUUUAAUCUGAAUCUUCAAGUCCCGUACUAGUAAAAACAGUUCUGAUUUUUUAAAUACUUAAAGGGUACUUUUGAAAUGAAAUUUAUUGUGAGUAUAAACAUUUACCUCAGAAGAAGCAUUGAUAUUUAAAAGCUUGGGAAUACGCAGUAGUGCCUCAAAUAUACAGUCCAUAGUAAUGGCAAACGUGUUUUCCUCACAGAACACUCUGAAUUAUUUGUGUGUUUUUGUUUCACUUGCAAUAAAAUGAAGUAUUUUAAUUAA